UCUAUUUUUGAAUUUUAUAUUGGUGUACUAAUCUGUUUAGUAUACUAAAACAUGACGUUUUAGUGCAACUAUUAGUGUGAAACUAAAAAACCGUAUUUUUGAAUGUUGGUAUGCUAAAAAAUAUUUAUUAGUGUACUAAAGUUUUAGAUGAUCUUUUUAGAGUGGUAUCUACCACACUAAUUAUGAUUUUAGUAUACUAAUGUUACUGUUAUUCAUAUUUAUAUGAAAUUUUUAUAUUUAUAACGUUUUCAAAUUUAUUUAAUAUUAAAUAUUAAAAUGGAACACUUUCUUAAUAUAAAUUAUGUGCAAGUUAUUAGUAAUUUAGAAAUAGUUGAAGAUAAUGGCCAUUCAACAAUGAAAUUUCGUUUAGCGGAGGAUCCGUUCAUUGCAAAACUAUCAAAAGAAAAAAUGGACUUAGUACGAAAGGAACAUGAUCGACUUCAAACAGAGCAAAAUAAAACAUGGGAAAAUUAUUACCAAUAUUGUUUUAAAGUUUAUCGCAAUCACGAUAUUUCAAGAAACACAAUAAAUGUGAAAGACAUUCGUAGGACAUUAAAAUAUUUGGGUAAAAAUGAUUUUGUUUUAAAUGAAAAUGAAAUUCAAAAAUAUGCUAAUGAAAAAGGUAGAUUUGAUGGAAAAGCUUUCGAAAAGAUAUGUAAUAAUAAUCUACUGCCAACAGAUAUACCCAAUCUUUUAUUUAAAACUCAUGACAUAAGAUACAAAAAUUCUCUAGCUAAUUACGAAGUAAUGGCACUUUUGAAACAAUGUUAUAAUGGGGGACAUGUAACAGCCGCGGACAGUAAUAAUCUAACUGCAGGAUUGCACAUGAUUGGUAGUCAACAUCUUUUUACAGAAGAUCGUAAGAUAAUUAAGUUCAUAAUAUACAGGAUUAUGUUGCGGCAUUAAAUUCAAAGUAAUCAAACCAACCUAACAAUUUAUUUCUAAAGAUUAAUAUGUAAUUUUUUGCUUAUAUAAUUUUUUUAUUCAUGAAUACGUUGUUUACAAUAUAUAA